GGAUGAGUGUCAUGCUAUUAAGAACCACAAGACAGAACGGUCAAAGGCCAUGAUGCCUCUACUCAAGGUAAACACACAGCUACAUUUGUUUAUGUUAUUUGUAUAGAGAGAAAUACUCAUUGCAGAACCUGAAAUAACGGUCAACAAUUCACCCGGAAAAUUGUCCGAAAAAGAUGAAAUUUGAUGUAAUCAAUAUUAAAAUGUUGUCGGUUCAAGUGAGUCCAAAAGCUACUGUUAAAAGUAAAGUAAAGUAAAGUAAAGUCUAUAUUUUUAUUGUUUUAUAUUAAAAUUUGCCGCUUAAGUUAGACUUACUUUACUUUUAACAGUCGCUUUUGGCCUCACUUUAACCGACGACAUUCAUAUAAUGCUACUGAAGGACAACUUACUUUGUACGUUUAAUCAAUAUUAAAAUAUUUGACAAUUGUGUAUUUUUUGCGGGUUGAUCAGACGCUGAUGAUAACUAAUUUUUUCAAGAAAACUGAUUGCUACUUUUUUGUCCAAUUUUGUAGUUGGUCGGAAAAUCUGUAAUUGGUCCGAAAAUGUGCGAUAUCCAACCGUUAUUUUAGCGUACAUUGUACAGUAACUUUACGUUCGGUUUGUGAAGGAGACUAGUGAAGCUUGAUUUGGACUAGUUAGAGACUUUGAAUAAGAGAGUUAUAGUGAAGGAGACUAGAUUCUGGGGCACGGCAAAAGCACAUCCACUUUCGUUUAACGAUCGACGGCCUGAUGUAUUCUAAAAUAUUUGUAACCAUUGUCAAUAAAAACGCAAAACGAUUUUACUCGUUGGGCAUUAUGGCUCUAACAGUUACUUGAACAGCUUUUACAAGAUGGCCCAUUAUUUUUUAUUUGAUCUGUUUAUUGAUGUAGUUUAUGACCAAUACAUUUACAUAACUGAGGCAGCACUUUACUUGUGAUGCAUUACCUGUAAUUAUAAGUGUAUUAUACGUUGUGAAAAUUUAUUCUCCUUGAUCUUUUUCAGGCAUCAAGUCAUGUGAUUUUAGUCUCUGGCACACCUGCCCUCUCUCGACCAUCAGAACUUCAUACGCAGAUAUCGGCUGUUAAUCCGAAAUUAUUUCCAUCUUACCAUCACUAUGGAAUUCGUUAUUGUGCUGGAGUAAAGGUACAGCAUUUGCUGUAUAUCCAUCCCUGUUUAGGUUGUUAGAGUCACGGCAGAUCCCUAUCGUUAAGAUUAUCCAUUGUCUUCAGUGUCCCUUUGGCUUGUAUUCAGCCGUUGUAACUGUAACUGACGUCACCACACAUAAAGUGACGUAAUUACUUGCCUUGCGUCAUUUUGGGUGGCAAAUGUCGGUUAACCUAGAUCAUUAAAUUAAUGGCAAAUGACGUCAUCCCUUGGAUAUUUAAGAAGUGACUUUAGAUCACCCCUGAUGACGAGACUAGGCUGAAGUGUCGAAACGUUGGGUCUUGAUCACAAUUCGAUUGGACUUUGUUUUCAUUUAUAUAAACCAGAGUAGCGAAGAAAACAUGAUUGAUAUACCUGGUUGCCGUGAAGGAACAAACUUUAAAAAUAUGUAGGAAUAAUUCCACUACUUUUCAUUGGUUUCUAAUUAGAACAAGUUUGGUUGGGACUACUCAGGUUCAUCCAACAUGGAGGAGCUACAGUUGAUAUUGGAAGAAUGUAUUAUGAUAAGGUAUAUUCUAACUACAGUACGGAUAUCAUGUUCAACUACUUCAAUGUUGUUCACUUGAAUGUUCUUUGUAUAUAAGGACGCCGGAAAGGGGAGAGCCAAGCGCCCCUCCUGCUUUACUUAAAGCGGGGGGGGGGGAGGGAGUGCCAUUUUAAUCAUCUACCUUAACAAGUUUUUCCUGAACGGUCUUUGCGAGUCUAUAGGCAGUGCCAAUAAUUGCAAAGCUUUCGUUGAUAGGGAUGCAACUACCUGAAAAAUACCAGGAGAAAUUCGACGUUUCGAACGAAGGCCCUUGGUCGGGAAGUUAGUACAACGGGGGUCGAGAAAAUUACAUGCGACUUUCGACUAAAAAUAUAAAGGCAUCACGUGACAAAAAAAUAAACCAAUGAGAUGGAUCAAAACAAUGUAUAUACAAAAAACGCAAAUCACAUUACAGAAUAUAUUAAUACAAAUAUACAGAAAACUACAACAACCUAAACCACAUUCAUAUACUGUAUAUAUAUAGAAUGAGAGAGACAAGUACGGAAUAAGGUAAGAAAUUAUAGAAGUACCAUCAAUGUCUACUUUGGACAGGCAAAGAGAGAUAGAGUUAAACUUAGGAAAAACUUUCAUUAAUGCAAUAGGGCAUUAAUGCAAAUGAGGCGCAUUUAAUGUCUUUUGCGGUUGUCGUUGCUUCCAGAAAUGGGACAGAGGGCUCGAAUUUUUAUAUAUGAAACACUGAGUAUUAAAAUGUUUGGCAACAGGCUGUUGGGAAUAAUUGCCAAUGGCUGCACGCCGAUUCUCACCAAACCUUGUCCUCAAACAUCUUCCAGUUUCUCCAAUAUAAAGCAUGCCACAUCUAUAUUGCAUGAGAUGCAAUACACGAGAUGGGAGGAGGUGCACGUGAAAUGAUGCUUAACAUGGUAUUGAGAUUUUGGUUUCAAAAUUUCACUCGAAACGUCAAAUUUCUCUUUCUAUAUUUGAGGUAUAGUUGCAUAUCUACCAACGACUGAUACCAACGAUCUGAACAAGCGACUGAUGAUGACCAAUUUCUAUCUAAGCAAUACGUAUCUUUUCUCAAGAAUAACGAGAAACUGUUAUAACCUCUUUUAACAUUUCAGCAAUACCGCAGUAGAUACAUGAUGGCCGCCAUUUGCUUCAUUUAUAGCGCAUGGUCUAUCCACUCCUUGUGUUAAGAUCAGUGCGAGCUCCGCAGAGUUCUUCCCCCACGAAUUUAGUGAUGCUAUUAAUGCAAAGGCAUGGAUACAUUGAAAGCAACAGCUGAAUGUUUAACAUUGAAGUUCCAAUUCAGGUACAAUCCCAAAACUAGAUGCUUCGCAACCUUCCUGAAUGUACAUAAAUUAAAAUGUGGCCUUCUACGAAAAUCUGCCCCCUGGCCUCUCUUUCUUGACUUCGGAAACAUUAUUCUAGGACAUAAAUGGUAGCUUUAUGAUCUAACCACGGUUUAGCAUUGCUUUGAUGCUGUGUCUUAUAUUUCAACGUUCAUACAGACGACUGAAGAAACUUGUCCUGGACCAGCUGCCAUCAAAGACACGAGAAGUCGUAUGUAUACAAAAUCUUUAUACAGCCAUACCCAUUCUGUAGUCGAACUGCCUUUGGACACCUCUCUGAUACAGCCAACUCUCUAAUACGGACACCUCGUCGAUACAGACAACUAUCUAAUACGAACGCGUCUCUAAUAUAGACAACUCUCUAAUACGGACACGUCUCUAAUAUAGACAACUCUCUAAUACGGACACCUCGUCGAUACAGACAACUAUCUAAUACGAACGCGUCUCUAAUAUAGACAACUCUCUAAUACGGACACCUCUCUAAUUCAGAUAACACUCUAAUACGGACACCUCUCUAAUUCAGAUAACUCUCUAAUACGGACACCUCUCUAAUCCAGAUAACUCUCUAAUACGGGCACCUCUCUAAUACAGCCAACUCUCAAAUACGGACAUGUCUUUAAUACAGACAACUCUCUAAUACGGACUGUGAUUCUUUCUUGAAACAAAGGCCCCGAUUUCACGGCAACGGACCAUUUUUGUAUGGAUACGCUAAUUUGCGUUUACUCGGGACGUCCUGUCCGCGAGUGUCCGGACUCUUUUUUAUGGCAAUUGACAUCGUUCAAAAUAGAAUGACGUACGAGUGUUACUGAAAUAAAACACCACAACAUGAUACGGCUAUAAUUACGACUACUUUUCGAAAAAGACCUAAAUAUAAUCUCUGAAAUAUAAUUAAAAAAACCCUAAAUGUUGCAAGUGAAAGUUAAUCCGUGCUACAGUUAAUAAACUUGUUUGGUACAAAAUGGAGAAGGUUUGCAUGAAUUAGUUCGUACUUGAAGAUAAGGGUAUUUAUCUAUUUAUCUAAUCGAUCUUUGAGAGCAAAGAAUGAAGUUUGUGGUCUAAUAUUUCUUCCAAAGUUUUAGUUUCCGGUGCCAUUGUACUUUGAAUUAUUUAACGUACUGUAUUAGUUAAAAACGAAAAAGUGUUCAAAAUCAAGAUUCAGAUAGAUUACAUAAUGGUUUUCAAGGAGCGAGAAUUUGACUUCCAUCUUGUCACACUCUUUGAAGUAUAACAUUUUCAAGUGCAAGCAUGUCAGCGACUCUUAGGCAAUUAAUUUUUUAGGGACAAGUGACCAGCUCAGACCAUCCAGGAUCUUACCACCACAAAACGAGGAACGAGAUUGACUGAACAUUUAACAUUUCAGUGAAAUCUUAAACCUCGGUCAUAAGAGAAAUAUGAGAGUUGAGAAUUGGCAAGCGAGAGUUUAAUUGAAAGUUUUCUCAAUUUUCGUGCUACGGUCGAACGAGAACAAGAGUUGCGUGUGAGUUGACUGGAUGUUACCGCGGUCAAACUCGUGAACUCGCAUCAAGAUUUGAACCAGUUCAAGGUUGAUGAGAGUUGAUGAGAGCAUGAAUGCAUGCAUGAGAGUAGACAAGAGGUGGCGAUCAAACGCGAGCGAGCGUUACAACUCUCGUCAACUUUUAUGAACUUUUACCCUCUUUUGAAUGAGGCUUCAGAAGUGACGUUGUCAUGACUCCCGGUCCCGGUGUAUAUUUUAGAACGGAUACGGGCAGACACUUCCCUUUGUCUCUUCGUUGUUUGUAUUACAGAAGGUGGACUGUAAUAAUUCUCACAGGCGUAUGCAAUCUUUGUAGUCUUUCUAUGGGUAAGAUGCUCCUUCAAAGUUGUUAUUACAGUAUAGUCAUGCAAGUGUUCUAAAAUAUUGUCAUUGUCUUUCACAGGUUUAUCUUGACCCUUCUCUCAUCAAAGAAAAGUCGCUGGCUGGAGCUGAAAAAGAACUUGUCAUGGCGAAGGUUCGUUGCGUUUAUGCCUUAUGAGAUUGUUCAAUGCGUUUAUGCCUUAUGUUCAAAGAGCAUCACAAAAUUAGUAAUAUUCCGAUGUUUCGUUGCGAAAUGUUGUAAAAUGCGGAUAAUAUAGCCCUGCGAAGUUUGCCGUUUUUCAGUCAUUUUGUAUUACGCACAGGAAAUUGAUACCGCUUUCUGAAAAAAUAGGUACGCUAGGCGUACAUGUAUCUGCGCAAAGGAAUUGCAUCGUUACUAUGAAAAAAGUUUCAUGCACAAUUAUUGAGUAAACAUUUAUAUAUUUUCGAAGUGACUAUACAGCCGGCAUACAGCCGGCAGCCGGCUAUUUAAUAAACUGCUGGCUAUACAGCCGGCUAUUUAGUAAAAUGCUGGCUAUAUAGUAGUCUCCUUCGCAACCACUCUUUUAGACUUGCCACAAGUCAACCUCGAACGAAACGCAAGCAGUUUAGAAACCUUUAAUAUCGACCGCAACAGUUUAGAAAUUUUUAAUAUGCUCGAGUCUCAGCUCUCGCUGUUUAUCUUAGUAGUUUUUAAUUUGUUCGAAAGAGAGGGGAAAACGUGUUAGAAAUCGCCAUCUUUUGUAACCAAAUUGUAAAUUUUGUUCACUUCUAUUUACUAUACGAGUUUUUCGCGAAUUAUGGCAAACGGCGGUGUGUGGCAAACCGCGCAAAAAAAUACGAUGACAACAAUUAAGUGAAGAUGUGCUUUAGUGAUGCAAAUGGUCCUGUCGGUGUUUUUACUUCGCUAAAUUCACUUCGUCCCUUAUUGCCGUCUGUUAAUCAGUUUAAGGAAACAUAUAAGCGGAAUAUAGAGCAGAAAUAACUAAGCAUUAGAAUUAGCCCAUUAAAAAAAGGUUUGGUUUAUUGUAGGCGAAACGAAGACGUUCAGCUCUGUUAGAAUAUUUUAACGAUACAUCUUCAGUAAAAGCAACGGCUGUAAGGUCAGUCAAAUAAAUGAAAUUCUGCACUGAAAUCUAACGAUUGUCGUGUUGGAAUUGAGGCGAAACUAUUUAAGCUGAUACCGCUCGCAGCAUAAUAGCUGCGAGGUGAGAGGUCAACAAGCGGGCUACAAUCAUGAAAAUAUUAUCCGUAGACUGUUUUAAAACGUAUCUAAUUGUCUUACUAUUUUGUAAAGCCAUUUUAUUUCAGUUCAUACAAACGUCCAAGAUCACUAGAAAUAGUAACUCCCCUCCCCCCAUUAAUACGAUGUUGGUUCAGACAUUGCCGGGUUUUGAGGGUAACUCCUCUGAAAUCAUAGUUUUCUGUGUUGGUGUUGUGUAUUCAGGUGAAUAAUAUGGUGUCUGUGAUGGCCGGGCAUAUUUUUAAGCUCGCCCGGUGUGGAUAUACACUCAGAGUAACAUCACAAGCAUCCUCUGAAAUCGUUUUGCACCUCCCCUUAGAUUUUGGCACCUCCCCUUGGGAAGGGUUAAAUGAUAGAUCAAAAUAAAAAAUUGACAAUUUUUUAUGUGUGUUGCUUAGCACGUUUUUCUGUAAAAUCAAAAAACUGAUAGCCAUGCGUUCAUCUCUGUGUGAACACAGGUGUGAAGAACAGUACCUUUUUAAUGCAAUGUCUGAAAGGCUUGAGUCGUACAUUCAUAAUUCACUGAUACAAUGACAUAUGUGCAGUACGUGCAUACUUCACGUAGUUGACGUUAAGUGGUUCUAAGCCCUAACAGAGUCGCGAGUUAGACCGCUGCAACCUUGCUGCAACCCAGAAAUUCGACCAACAUUCAGCCUUGGGUUUAAACCAUGUCUAUUAUAGACUACAAGCCAGCACUGUUAAGGGGGAGGGGAAAUUUUUUUUUUUCAAUAGUCUACGAAUUGAUUUGCAUGAUUGUAGCUUGCUGCCCGUGCUAGCCCAGCAUUGACAUACCAUAAAAAGUAUCCGGGCAGUUGUGAAACACAAUUGAGCAAAAUACACCUGUUGACAAAUCAGCAAGGCGAGAGAAAUGUUUUUCUUCUUGCCAUCUGAAAAUAAAAUUUUCGCUGCGAAAAAACAGUAUUUUAGUAAAAAUGUUCAUAAAUAUAUACAUAAAUGAGCCAACCCUAUUGCUCUAUUCAUCACAUGAUGCGGUGAUGAUAAUGGAUACCUGGUGAAGUAUGUACUUUUCUAGUCUUAUUUCUGGUUCAAAUUAAUAAAUAAUCGUAUAUAAUAUGAAUAUUAAUGCAUAGCAUAAUGCACGUAAAAGAACCAUCACAAAAUGAAAAUGAAGAAAAAACAUUUGGAACUAACGUUUCGUUCUGAACUCAAGACAUCUUCAAAGUAAUGAAUUUAUAAAAUUUCCUGAACAAACAAGGCAGUUCUGUCCCUAUUUUUUUACUCUAAUCCACUUUCCUUCCUCACACAAUCUUUCGUGUUAGUUGUAAUUCAAAAUCAUGUAGAGUAAAUAGUCGUAAUUUAUUAAUUGCUUUGUAAAGUUAUAUCUGAGAUUUGUUAACUCUGAAGAUGUCUUGAAUCUUUUUAAAAUUUCAUUUUGUAUGGCCUCGUUUACGUGCAUUAUGUUUGGCAUUGAUAUUCAUCCAGCCUGUUCCGUCCUUUGCAAUUCCGUCUUACUUGGCCUAGGUGGAUCAAAAUUAAUGCACGACACUUUAAGUCAUGAUUAUGAGAUGUCAUUUUGAAACCUUUCAAAUGCGGCGUUCACUUCCUUGCAGUUAGCUUCAACUUGAAAUCUGGUCCAUUCUCAUUUUCGAAUUUGAGGUAUUAGAUACAACCUCGUACACAGGGUCUUCCCUCUUGGGUUUUUCCUGUUCCGGUAGACGCUGGUCACGUAAUCUGCUAAAACCUAGCAGAUUUCUAAUUAACUUUCUUGGAUUCCUUUACGACAAUCAUACACCUUUACGACAAUCAUACAAAAAGUAAACUAUAACUUAAACUAUAAAAAUCAUCCAAAUAUUUAUUGACCUCAUCUUGGAUUGUUAAUUAAAAAUCUGCUAGAUUUUAGCAGGUCAUGUGACCAGCGUCUACCAGGGUCUUUUCUCCCCUCGCCAAGAGGAAAGACUCUGGAUACGAAGUUAUAUUAGAUAUAGACAGACACAUUUAUUUAUUCAGAGGAUAGUCCUAUCAGCGACAAAAACAUGUCACUGUUAUCAACAGGAGCUCUGAUUUUUAGAUUUACAAGAUUACUUCAUUAGAUUAUAUUACAAGUUACAACAAUAUUUUAUAAUGGUCACAAGUUACACUAAUACUUUAUAAUGGUAUUACCUAAAUCCACAUUAAAGUUUAGGUAUCUUAUAUUUUGUUUAGAGAAUACAUAAUGGAUCUGUUGGAAGGAGGUCACAAGCUGAUUGUUUUCGCUCACCACCGCGAGAUGCUUGAUGUUAUCAGUGAGACACUUUUAAAAAAGGUUAAUAUGCAAUUCACUUGUGGUUUAGUUCUCUUAUUGUGCAUUUAUACCGUAUUUCUUCUAUUUAUAGUCAACUCUCUAUUUAGCCCCUUUCUAAUAAGCCCCCACCCAGUCCAGAAGCGCUGAAAAGAAAUACACUACCACCUAGCCUCUAUGAUUUAACCCCAAGGGGGCUAAUUAAAGAAAAUACGCCUAAUGCACGUUUAUGCAUAUCGUCACUGAAUGGUUGUCGUACAUAUAUCUGAACAGUGGUAACUGGGCAUGCGAGUUCCAUGAAAAUGUGAAUUACGUGGCAAUGGGACUGAAGCCGUGAAAGUAUGUUCUGAAUCGGAAUUUAAUUAAGUUGAUAAACUCAAAAGAGAUCUCACCAACUGUUAAAUUUACAAGAAUGCAAACUAGCACUAAAAUUCUACGACAAAAAUUACAAUACUGUAUUUACUCAUGCAUCAAGUUAAAAACAGUUGUCUACAGUAGUUUCGUAUUAAAUUAAUUUAACGAAAUGUCACAUGAAAGAUUGUUCCAGUCGUUAAUCGUUCUAGGGAAAUAAGAGUAUUUAAACAUCGUUUUUACCAUUCGAAUCUGGUAGGCCUAUUUUAAGGGAUGACUACCACGUGUUCUGGUUGCUGUGUGUUGUAUACCUUUCGGCGUUAAAAUCGAUUAGAUUAUCAUAUACAUGCAUCAUUGUCAAUCUAGAGCUUUCAUGUUAGCUGAUGAUUAGAUUAUAAGUAAUUUGAUUAGUUAGCUGAUUAUUGUAGAUGAUAUUUAGUAAAUGGAAUUUUCGAACGAAAAUUGAUUUACAACUCUAAACCUAACCAGGAACAUCUGCGAAAAACGCUUCCUUGCGAUUUUGGUGCAGCGCUCUGACUACCAAAGCCCAGCCGCCGAGUACCAGAUCUAGAGUUGCAUAUGUAUAUAUAUAUUGGGUCCUGAUUUUUCUAGGUCUGCAUGUUAACUAUUGUGAACAGGCACUUUGUAAAUGGGUAUAAUCGUUGCAAUUAUAUUAAAUUUGGGAUAAACAUGUUAAAACAAAUUGUGGCAAGAGAUUCCUAUAAUUUAUAAAAAGGUCUUGCUAACGUCGUAAUAAAAACCGUCAUUCAAAAUGCUAAACUGUCAUGCCUUUAAUAAACAGAAUUUCCUGUCCACAGUGAUGUCGUCUGAAUAUAAAAUCGUAAUUUAGCAAUUAUAGCCACUUUGAAAUUCACUGAAUUUGAUUGAAUUGGUCAAAAUAGACUCCAGGAAUUGAGAUAAUGCAAAGUUUCUGCGGAUAUAGUCCUCUUUGCGCUUGUAGCAACUAAUUUGUAUAAGUGCCUGGUGAUCAAAGUUGGGUUAUAGCGCUAAUAUUUGGUUCGAAUUUAACUGGCUGUUUUGGUUGGUGUAUGUCUGCAUGUUAUUUUGCUUCAACACAUCCGAAAAUAAAACUUCUAUUCAUCCAGAUACGAUUUUUUGAAAACUAUCUCCAACAUUAUAAGCAAGCUGUUGAAGAGAUUGUUUUAACCGGCUUUCGAACAACCGGCCCAAGCUGAUGGGGGCAUUUCCUGUGGCACCGCUCUAUAUUGAACCUCUAAUUACAGUAGACAUUUUUAUAGAUGGAAUUGAUAUCUGUAUACAACUACUAGAAAUAUAAAACCAAAACAUUUUUUCUUUUCCUUUUUCUGCCUAGAAAAUUGAAUACAUUCGAAUCGAUGGUCGGACUUUGUCUGCCAAACGACAACAUCUUUGUGAUCAGUUUCAAAGAGAUACAGGAACAAGAGCCGCUGUUUUGUCUCUCACGGCUGCUAAUACAGGUAAUAGACGUUACUGUGCAUUGCACUUUGCGCAUGUUAAAGUUAGAUCCCCAUUUUUGACGCACGAAUAUCUUUUUUCUUUGAUAUUUAUCGCAGGCAUAUCCUUAAAUUUACUGUGCACGAAACAUGUGGAAAUAGCCGCGUGAAAAUGAAGUCAAUUAGGGAAGAGUGUAAUAAACAGUAUACAUGAGUUUAUUUUCAUUUGGGGAAAACAAACAAUCGACGGGAGACAAUAUAAAUUUAAUUGAACCCAAUUUUAAAAUGCUUUUCACGUGUUGAUUGUUUCUGAAGCAAUAUGUUGCUUAUAGGUUUUAGUGAAGUUGUUUAAUUGUUGCGUAUAGAAACAAAUAUUAGGUAAGGAAGCAUGAGAAGAAAUAACUGUUAGAUUGAAAAUACACACUAUGUUCAGAGAGGGAAUUUAUGGCCAAAAUGUCUUAUUUGGUUUUAUUCGAGAAGAGAUUUGUACAUUUGUUCAGGGCGGAUCUACCCUCAUCUGCUAGGAAGGGUGCAUGACUGUAUUUUAUGCGGGCGGUGCAUGAGGGAGCCUUACUGCCACUCUCCUCUGCAGUCUGCAACGCUACUACCCCAACAUUACCAUUAUCUGACAUGGCCUGAAUCUGCAUGUUCGCUGUUCUGUAACUUUGUUACGGUUUACUCUUUUUUUAUAAAGUUUAUAUCGGCUUUUGUCAUGCAUGUAUGCACGACCGGGCAGUUGCUGUAGCACAGUCCAGCAAAUUUGCUUAUGAAAGUACAGUGUAUUUGAAAAUAUGGCUGUACAGCGACCUGGACAUGUUUCCAUAAUUAAUAACCCUUAUUUUUAACUAAAGCAUUUUGAGUAUUUUCUCAUGAGCUCACAAAUUAAUUAAAUCGUUUCAAGAAAUCGACACGCGCUUACAGUAGAAGUUCCGCAAAUCGCUAUUCGAAAAGCAGAGAAUGUAUGGUCAAGCAGAUUUUUUAGGAUAGCACCCCCUAUAGAGAAAUCCAGCACCAGACACCAGUAGGUAGCGUGCGCUGUGCCCAACGAAAUUCAUCACAGUUUAAUCACUGUUUGACACGUUACACAACCGUUUGCAAAUCAGAUUUAAAUUUUGAAAUGACAAAACAGGAAGCGUAAAAUUCGAAUCGUGUUCAAUUGAUUUGCACAAAUCAGCACAAACUACACUGUGUCGAUCAUGCAGGUUAAGAUUUUCGUUUUUGUUUCUAGGACUAACAUUAACAGCAGCAACAUGCGUAGUAUUUGCGGAGUUGUUUUGGAAUCCAGGGGUAUGUUAUUAUUUAGUAUGUUGCGCUCUGGUUAACUACUUUAAGCUCUGGUUAAUUUAAACGAGGAUGCGAGUUGAGAAGCGAGACUUUGCAUGGCCCGGUCAAACGAGAACAACAGUUGAUGACAAUUGAAUGCAUAUUACCACGCACGCGCAGCGAAAAAAAUUUCAUCAAUGAACUCUCAUGCCCAAGGCGAGGGUACUAAUUCCGCUCGGCUAUUUACACCCAUGCAGGUAAUUAAGAACAUAGUGAAGUGCAAACUUGUCCUCCAUUAUGUGAUGGACGGUUUUCGACGUUAUGCGCAUGCGCGAGUACAAAUUCGCUAAAAAAUUGUUUUUCAUUUUGCAAAGAUGUAUUUUGCUGUUUUACGAUAUAUUUUUGCGAUGUUUUUCGCUUUUAAUUGGAAACUAGCCUGCAGUUUCAUGAAUUAGUGGGUAUCAACGGUGAAACAAAGUGUCAAAGGCAUAAACACGAAUUUUGUCGAAGACGAACCUGAUGUUUUUUUUUUAUUACAGGCUGUCCACGGGUCUUAAAAAUCCUGGAAAGUCCUUGAAAAUCAGUAGAAGUCCUUGAAAGUCCUGGAAUUAAUUUCCUUAACCUCCAGCUGUGCCAACAUUAGUGAUUUUGAUUAAAAUUAAUGAAUAAAAUGAAUUAUUUACAGCAAAUCCAUGUUCAUUUUCAAAGAAUUUUCACAGUUCUAGGUCCUUGACUUUACUGAAAAAGGGCCUUGAAAGUCCUGGAAAAGUCCUUGAAUUUCACCUUCACCAAAGGGUGGACACCCUGUAAUAAAUUUAAUCGUUGUCUUUUUCCAUAUUAUUUUCACGUUAUACACGAUGGCAACUACUAUUAUUUUAAAGAUGAAAUACUUCAUGUAGAAUUUCUAUACUUCAUCUAUAUAAGAAAGGCGUUGCUGCAUGCAUGUAUUUCUAGUAAAAAUGUAUAUGUUAUUCACUGAGGGAGAGGUUCGGAUUGUAGGAUAUUAGUCUCGUUCUUUUUUUUCGUUUGUCUGUGGACCUAGCGAUAGGCGAGGUUUGCAAUGUUUAUAAAUUAUGUCGAGAAUUAAGUUGUGUUCAACGCUGUUUGAACAUUUCAAAACGCAUGAUUUUCACUAAUUUCUUUAAACAGUUUUUGAUAUGAUAAAACGAUAACAACAUAUUUUCAGAUAUUAAUAAAUUAAAAGUCGAAAACAGUCCAGUUUCACAUUACUAAGUUAAUGGCGGCAAGUAUUAAGUAUCACUCUGUUAGCGCUUUGAGUGUUAUAAAAACGCUUUUAUACAAUAUAAACAACUUUUAACACAAACUAUAGUAUUUUAUAUAAAAACCUUACCAAGGUCACAUAUUUAUAGUCUUCUUUACUGGGAAAUAACUUAUUUAAGGUUUUCUUUCGGUCCAUCUUUAUAAUAGCGGUCCAUAAUAUGAGAUCAGUGAGCAGUCCUAAAAGUCUUUACUGCUGGUUACCGACCGUUUAGGAACCAAUGAAAAUGCCGCAUUUUGCAGAUGGAUCGCCGUUGCCAUAUAAUAAAUACUGUUUAUUCUUAUCGUCGAAAUACAAGAACUUUGCGGGCUUGUGAAUUAUUUUGUCAAGACAUUUUCUGUAUAAUUGUCUGUUUUACUAUAUACACUGUAUAGCAGUUACCAAAUUAUAGUAAUACGGCAAUAAACUUUAGUUUUGUUUAUAUAUGAUAGUUUGCUGCACUGCACGUUACCACGUGCUUUUCCCCCAUGAUUCGGUAACCGCUACGAAUAAGAUGUAGAAUUUAGAUUUAGUUUAAUUUAUCUCUUUUUAAAGGCUCUUGUGCAAGCAGAAGAUCGAGCGUACAGGAUUGGACAAAAGAAUUCAGUUGUAGUUCAUUAUCUGCUUGCGAGGAAAACUGCGGAUGAUUAUCUGUGGUGAGUUUGCAUCAGAAUAUGGAGUCUGAUACAACCGAAAAUAAUUACUAUAAUAAUUGUUUAACCUAUUCAUUCUUAUACAAUCAUGACAGAGUAUUUGUAUAUAUCUAAAAAAAUUAUAUGCAAGUAAUAAAGUAGGUUUAACUAUGUAUAACUAAAAUUCUGUGGAAAAACCAUAAAUGAGGAUGCUGUAUUCUAAUUUUUGAUGUAAUGAACACAUUUUCCCGCUUUAAGGCCUCUUAUACAGAAGAAACUAGAUGUACUGAGCGAGGCUGGCUUGAAUAAGGAGGAUUUUUCCGACUUGGAUACCAAAACAUUUCAGGUAUGAUCUAAAUAAUUCAAAACAAAACAAACUUGGUUAUUAGGAAUUAAUCUAAGUUUUCGAUAUUCGGUUAUUAUAGGAAUCAAGCAAAAUUUUGGUCCAGUUAAUUCUCUAAAAAGUGGACAUUUUUUAUCAGAAUUUCCAUCUAAAAAAUCCUUCAACAUUUAGCAAGAUGUCCAAAAUCUUAAAUAUUUACCCAUUUAACUUGCAUUGGUAUCAACUUAUUACAGUAUAGGUUCGCAGGUUCGAUUUGUACCAGUGGGCAUAUGGUUGCUUUUUUCUCAAUUGCAACCUGUCUGGUCGAAAAAUAUCUCUAUAAAAAUGUAUAAAAUGUUCGCUCGAAAUUUCCAUCUAUACAAAUCUUUCAACAUUUAGUUCUAUCAAGCAAGAUGCCCAAAACCUUGAAAAAUUAAGAGAACAUCUGCAGGAGAUUAUUCUAUCAUUAUAUAUACCAAACUAGAAAAUACAUGCAUGCAGAAACCCUCGCCUUGCUGACAAAACCAUUGUAUUUUCCGAACAUGAAGUUCCAAAGUAGUUGUCAUGGUAACACGAUAAUUUUUUAAGAAUAUUCUUACAAAUGAAAAAUCGCCUAAAAAUAUCACUUUUAAUUACAAAAUUAUUAAUUUCCCAACAUAAAUAUAUGUUAGGUAUGUUUUUAUACGUAAUAUAAGCCUCAAUUUAAGGUAAAAUUCAACCACAAACGCUUCGCAAAACGUUUUAAAGUCACUAGUGUUCAUUAUAAAACUAAACUGCCUUUUAAAAUGGCUUUAUCGAUAAACUUUGAGUUAGCAAUAAAAUUAUUUCAAAUUCUGGCUUGCAAAUAACUCAGUGCUUUCUUUUUUAUUUAGAAAUUCAAUAUCAUAAAGAAGGGAAUCAAUAUUAAAGAUAUACUAAAAUUAUAUGCUGUUUGUUUAGUUGUUUCAUAUACGCAAAGGCCGUCGGGUUUUAAAGCCAUUAUAAAAUCAAUAUUUAAAACAAACUUACCUUCGUUAACGUCGGCUCCCUUCUUUUAGACGAUUCUUUCGCAGUUUCAUUUUGAGAGAGCUUUUGAAAUUUACAAAAUCUUGCAAAAAUACGAGUAAAAAUGAAAUAUAUUUGCAAGAAAUUUAUCAAUCAUCAAAUCAAGAAAUGUUUGCUAUUUCGCUGUCGUGACUCGUGAUACAUUCGUGCCAGUCGUUAUAAUGCAAAAUUUAAAUUAGACCAAUCAGUGUCCGCUAUUCAUGACAGUCCGCCAUAUUUUUGAGAUCAGUGAGGAUGACCACCCAUCGUUGGUCACCCACGCCCGCGAUAUUUGAUGAACUUUAGACUCCGCUAAUGCUUUCGUUUCCCCGGAUGUAAAUAGCCGGGGGGAAUUAGUACCCUCGCACGGCGCUUCGCGCCGUCGGCUCGGGGAUAAAUAUGGCGGGUGUGACAUCAAAUGAGGCUGGGUUAUAUUUACGUAAUUUCCCUGCGCUAAUCUUAGAUCAUUGAUUUAGCCAGAUAGAAAUGCCGAUAAUAUCGGUGUUUUUAUUUUUCACUCCCGAAAGUAGCCUAAUUUAUACCAAACUCAUUGGAUACUCUAUCGAUGUUUCCAUAUGGCUGCAGAAGUUAAGGAGUCAUGAAGCGAUGCUGCCUCCAUAGUCUGAGAAGCUAAUGUGCGUUUCAGAACUUAGUUUGAUUAAGAUUUCCGGAGUUAUAUAUGGCAACUCCAAAAAUUCUAUGGAGCUCUAAUAGAUCUGGAGUUUCUAAUUGCGCCAGCAUGAGACUGGCUGCAUUCUAUAUAUGAUUGGCUACCUUUACAAAAAUUGAAUCUACAGGUAUGCAUUACCGAACAGUAGCGACAGUUAAUGUUGCUCACAUAUUUACGUAUACGCUUGGAACAAUGUAGAGGUCGUAUCAAAGAAAGAAAUAGGUUUGGUAAUGAAAACUCGUACAAUUUCACCUAUUUUGCGCCGAAGCAAAAAAAUUAUCUUCGUGCAUGCUCAAUACCGAAAAUGUCAAACGGAUUCGAUAUUUUUGAUGUAUAGAUGGUUUUAAAAAUACAUAUCGAAUGUUAACCGAUAUUUAAAAAAAGUAUUGACACUUGUUUCGAUACAUCGAUGUAUCGCAACGGCGUAUUUUGACUACGACUGUUGUUACGUCGUUAUAUGAAACAAAAUGCUUUCUUUUGAUAUAAAAGGAUCCGAAACAACGUGAUUUGAAAGACUUGUUUGAGUCAAUGAUCGAAGAAUUUAACGACGAUGAUUCAUUUUUGGAAGAAUGUCUUAAAGAUGAGAACUGUAAUACUAAAAGUGAUGGAGGAACAAACUCAACAGGUUUGAACAGAAGUGAUAAGAAAAAAGAAAAAGAGAAAUUAUGGAACGAGAGAAGUGACGGAGGAGAAACUUCACAAACAAGCAGCGACUAUGCCGAGAGGAGCCAGGCCAGUUUAGCGAAUGAUAUAUCAGAAGAUUGGUGUGAUGCAGGAACAAACACAACAGAUUAUAACGCAAGUGAAAAUAAAAAAGGAAAAGCGAAAUUAUGGAGUGAGAGAGGUGAUGGAGGCGAGGCUUCACAAACAAGCAGUGGCAAUGCAGAGAGUAGCCAGACCAGUUUAAUGAAUGAUGUAUCAGAAGAUUGGUUUGAUAAUAUAGAUAAUGAUGAUUGGGAUGAUAUACAUUUUGAUGCUUUAGACAGUACUAUGGAACCGAAUGCGAAAAGAAAACGCUUGUAGUGUCUAUAUGUACAACAAUGCUUGUGUUCUCUCACCGCUCAUUUUGACUAUACCUUUGAAAAAUAGUGUUGUAUUGUUGUGGUUUCACUAAACAUUACAUAACAGCAGAUGGCGAUCGACUUCAGAACUGUUUACAUAGAUUUUAAGAGACCAGGAAUUGUAUACCCACGAGCCCAAGAGACGUGAGAGCCCAAGAAUUCUAUUGACCGCUAUAUAUUCGAUCACUGCAAUAAUGGGAAUAAUUCUAUUAUUGUAAUACAGCAAGUGCUUAAACUUUAACGUGAUUAGCUGAUUUGUGCUUGCAUGGAUUUAGAUAAAUACAGAUCCAACCGGAUUCGUACAUAGUUGCUCAAAAUAGAGUGAAAACGGUUUAGAAAGUACUUUUUCCAUUUUAGUAAAACAAUAUUGUAUGAUACAGAGAAAAAAACUCAACAAGCAACAAGAAAUGCUGCUGAAACGAUUGUAGCAAAGCUCUUUAAUUGUCAAAAUAAUUCAUAUUAAAGAGUUUUAUUCAUGAAAGAUAAUUGUUUUGUAUUCGCAAAAUACGUUUAUUUUCUCGUGGUCGCUAUAUGUAACAAAACAGUUGUGUCUGUCGUCUCGGGAUGUAGUUAGUUUUGUUUUCUCUGGAAUUUCAAUUGAACUAAACUAUUUCCCUCGGAAACUCUCUGGGAAACACAACUAACUAUUACCCUCGCAAGCAAUUAUUAAGUGCAUGUAUAUUACUUUCUCACUUUGAUAAAUGCCCGUUGACCGCCAUCUGCUGGGUGAGAUGGUUAGUGCCUGGUGAAACACGUUACACGUAUAUUUUAAAUUGCAGUAUUCAUGAGUGGGGUGGAGUAUCGUCAUUAUAUACUUAUAAAUGUACAAUUUAUAUUCUCAACUGUAACUACACAAUCAUAUUUUACUAUUUAAACUUUCACAUAUAUGAUUAUUCACAAAGAUCAACGUUGGUGCCAGUUUGGGUGGCAAAGAGUACAAUCUGCUGACGUAUUAAAAUAGAACAAACAUUGGCGUUUCGAAUGAAUGCCCUUCGUCUGGAAGUUGCAACUGUGGGUCGGGAAAAACACAUGUAUACUUUUAUACUGGUGAGAAAAUUCUAAAAUUUCACUGUCUAGAUAACUAGUAUAAAGAAGAUGUAUGUUUCCCUGUCACCCACCCCACUAACGUCAAUACGAAGGACCUUCGAAGCGUACACAUACACCAGCACAUAUGAAAAGACGGCAUAUUAUGUUUCAACUCCACAUACCGUAUUUCCUCGAUUUAACCCCCAGCCUCUUUAGUGUCCCCCCCCCCCCCAAACCUAAUUAGCCUUCAAUCUAGAAGCGCUGGAAGAAUUAAAAUAAGCCCACACUCUCUAUUUAGCCCCCAUUUUCUAUUAAUUAAAUCAUUUUCAAUACAAAAUUUAUAGGGAACCGUUAAACGUUCUUUAUAUAAUAUAAUUAACUGAUAUGGCUAAAUAAUGGUAAACUGUAUGAAAAUUAUUCCAAAUGUGAACAUUUACUUAGCCUGCAGCCUUUAUUUAGCCCUCUCCCCCUUCUAAUAAGCCCAAUGUCCAGAAACGCUGCGGGAAAAUAAGGCCCCAUCGGGCUAAACAGAGGAAAUACGGCGAGGCUGUAUUUAUAGUAUAAAGAUUAUUAGCUUCACUACAACGAUUAUCAGGUAUAUAACAGUAUAAAAAAAAAUAUUUUUGGUUAAGUUCCAAGACACGCACUCACCAAAUAUAUUAGCAUUCUUCUUGAAAUAUUUCGAACGAAAUUUAUGAACUGUCCACCAACAAACAAGAUAACAGACAUAUUUUACCCAAAUAGCCGCUAAUCAUGAGUCGAAACUAUUCACUAUUUUAAAUAACAAAUGACAGACAACAUUUUAAACAUCUGCCAAUUGCUAUCUAAUCUGGUCACCUAGGAAUGCUCUUAUAUGGCUAACCUGUUUUGAAGGUUAUGAAAUUAAAAUGAAUCCAAGACGGCGGACAACUCACAUUCGACGGAAGUUUCCCAGUGAUAUAUCAACUAGGUUCCAGUUCACUUGGCGGUCAAAUCCACGAUGACGGCCAAUCUCAAAUUUCAGAAUUUAUAGCCCCGAGUUCACUAUAUUCCAGUCAAAAUAUUUCAAGAAGUAACAAAGAUAUAAAAAAUCGGUAUAAAAAGUUUAAAGUAAUAUAAUUAUUAUAUUAUACUCUUCGUGUCGAAUUUGUUCCUUGUGCAAUGUCAUUCUUUUUCGUAAGUUUUCUGUCUGGCCGAC